AUUCGUACUGUGAGACUCUGCCCAUAGACGGUCCUCCCUCUUUCCGGGGACAGUCGGUGAAGUACGUGUACAAGCUGACCAUCGGCUGCCAGCGUGUCAACUCCCCUAUCAAGCUCCUGCGUGUUCCUUUCCGUGUCCUGGUGCUGCACGGGCUCAAGGAUUACCAGUUCCCACAGGAUGAGGCCGUUGCGCCCUCAAACCCCUUCCUGGAGGAGGAGGAGGGCUUGAAAAAAGAUUCUCGCCUGGCAGACCUGGCAACAGAACUGCUCAUGGUGGCUACUUCUCGACGCAGCCUGCGUAGGUCACGUCCCCUGCUUGAACCUGCUGUCCUAACCUGGGUGUGA